ACCACCUCUCAGCAGGGCUAUUUUGGUCAGAGAACCACCUGAAAUCAAACCAAACUGCCACCGUCCCACUAUCACCUCCUCGCUCCUUCUCCUACAUAACAAUGGCUGCCAUGGCAGAUCUACAAUCACUUCUCUUAUACAUACAGAAGAAAAAACCUCAACAUUGCCUUCAUACAGAGAGAAAACAUAUAUGAGAAUGUUACUUGUUGUCUUCUUCCUCUUCGCCGCCGUCGAAGCUUGCUCGCCUUCGAGCCAGGCGGCCCUGCUCGCAUUCAAGGCGGCGCUGAACGAGCCGUAUUUAGGAAUCUUCAGUUCAUGGACUGGAAAUUCCUGCUGCGGUGGCUGGUAUGGAGUCAGCUGUGAUCCUGAAACUCUCGAGGUCACUGAAAUUAGCCUCCGCGGCGAGUCUGAGGAUCCGAUCUUCCAGAAGGCCGGCCGAACCGGGUACAUGACCGGCUCGAUUUCGCCUGAGAUUUGUAAACUCGAUAGGCUCAUGAUCCUCAUCAUUUCCGAUUGGAAAGGAAUCUCCGGCGAGAUUCCGAAGUGCUUGACGAAACUCGGCCAACUCCGAGUUCUCGACCUCGUCGGAAACAAAAUCAGCGGCGAAAUUCCUUCGGAUUUCGGAAACCUAAAUCGCCUCACCGUGCUUAACCUCGCAGAUAAUGCGAUUUCCGGUACUAUACCUAAAUCGAUCGUGAAUAUCGGCGGUCUGAUGCAUCUCGAUCUCAGGAACAAUCAAAUUUCCGGCGAAGUUCCAUCCGAUUUCGGGAAAUUAGAGAUGCUGAGUCGAGCGCUUCUUAGCAGCAACCAACUCGGAGGAUCGAUUCCGGCUUCGGUUACGAAAAUGAACCGCCUCGCAGAUUUGGAUUUGUCGAUGAACGGUAUCUCCGGCAUGAUUCCGGAGAAUAUCGGGAACAUGCCGGUUUUGUCGACUCUGAAUCUGGACAGCAACAGAAUCUCAGGGCAAAUACCUCCAACUCUGAUCAGCAAUGGCGGGCUAGGGAUUCUGAAUUUGAGCAGAAACGCUCUGGACGGGCAGAUUCCGGACGUUUUCUGCUCGGGUUCAUACUUUAUGGCGCUCGAUUUGUCGUUCAACGCCCUUAAAGGUCCGAUACCAAAUUCAUUGUCGUCAGCUGAAUACGUCGGGCAUUUGAAUCUGAGUCAUAACCAUCUUUGCGGGUCCAUACCCAUCGGGUCGCCCUUCAAUCACCUUGAAGCGUCGUCGUUUACCAACAAUGACUGCCUCUGUGGGAACCCAUUAAGUGCCUGUUGACGAAAACAAAUCCGGGUAAGAGA